AUUAGCUCCACAGAAGCCAUCCAGUUUCUGAAAAAUGAUGCUUACUUAUUUUUUUGCCUUUUUUGCCUUGACUGUUGCAUUUCCUAUCAAUGACAGGCUUGAGGAAGACCUGGUGCUCCCCCAGAUACCAGAGGAGGCCAACUCUCGCUUUGCCAUGCUAGAGGAUGUACGCCUACUGGCCAACGGGCUGCUCCAGCUUGGCCACAGCCUUAAGGAGUUUGCCCACAAGACUAAGGGUCAGAUCAAUGAUAUCUUCCAGAAGCUCAGUUUCUUCAACAAGUCGUUCUACCAACUGUCGGCUGUAGCCAGUGAAAUCCGGGAAGAGAAGGAAACACUAAGGAAGACCACAGAUGUCCUCAAGGCCAACAAUGAGGAGGUCCUAAGCCUGUCACACAAGAUGAGCUCCAGGAUGAGUGGUCUCCUGCAGGACCGAAGCCAGCUGCAGAGGAAGGUAGUGGAGUUGGAGGAAAAGCUCAGUAGUCUGAGCCACAACCAGCUCCCAGAGGAGCAGAUGGCUGAGUUGACUGCUCUCAAGGAUGUCAUAGAUGCACAGGAGAAGUCUAUUAUAGACCUGUUGAAGGCUAUGAAGGAGCAGCAUGAGCAGCUCAACCACCAGAAGAUCAAGCUCAAAAUCCUGGAGGAGAAGUUAGAUGAGGACAAUGUCCAAGAGACAUCUAAGCGAAGUGUCAGUUUCAACACUGAAACACUUGGUGUUAUGGAAUAUUUAUUGAAUAAUUCAACCAGCGCAAACUUUGACACAAAUGAUCUUGCAAAGGACUGCCAAGAGGUUUUCAGAAGAGGAGUGAGGGUCAGCGGUGUGUACCCUAUCAAGCCAAAUGAGUCCCUGCCUUUCAACGUCUACUGCGAAAUGGCUGCAGAAGGAGGGUCUACUGUCAUCCAGCGUAGGAAUGAUGGCUCUGUGGAUUUUGACCAGACUUGGGAGAAAUACGAAAAUGGAUUUGGAGACUUCAACAGAGACUUCUGGCUUGGCCUGCAGAAGAUUCUGGCCAUCACUCGUCAGGGUGACUAUAUACUGCGCAUUGAGCUGGAUGACUGGAAACUGGGGAGGCGUUUCGCUGACUACCAAUUCACCCUGGGGGGCCCCACUUCACACUAUACCCUCCACUUGGAACACAUGGCCGGUGACCUGCCGGAUGCCAUGAAUAACAACACAAACAUGGGCUUCUCCACUAAAGACCAGGACCAUGAUAACAAUGGCGACGGCAACUGCGCUCAGAACUACUCAGGUGGCUGGUGGUUCAAUGCAUGCGGCAACAGCAACCUGAAUGGGAAGUACACGCACGGCCGGCAAAGGGGCCGCUCAGAGCGGAGGAAAGGAAUUUACUGGAAACCCAGUGCAAAGGGCUCUUUCAGCCCCAGGUCAACUAAGAUGUCUCUCCGUCCUGCUUCCUCAGUUCGUGGGCCCCAUUAGAGUCUAAACUUCACUGUAAUUCUGCUGAACAGAGAGACACAGGAGGAGUGUACAGUUGAGUCAGGUGGCAUGCAUGUAGCCAGUCCAGCUCAUUCUGAUGCAACAGCUUUCAGGAGGGGGUUAGUAGAACACCAGAAGAGCAUUGUGCAACCAUCAGAGUCAGCAGGGAGCUAAGCAGUUAGGGUUCUUUUCAGGACAGUCAUUCCUGAAUUAGCUUAUAGCAAUGACAGGACUAAUAUCUCAAAAAAUGCGUAUUUGGAAAUGAAGAUGAAAUCAUUACAUUGCUUAAGUUAGACUACACUACUAUUCAUAUACCCAGUAGGGCAUCUGGGUGAAUUAGGUCAGGUGUCCUUUUAUGAUGCUGAUAAGCUAUUAAUAAAGGCCUUCUUUUCUAGGCUUACUCUGCCAGAAUUGUUUUCGUUGUGUUUCAACCUAGCCCUAUAUUUAAACAUAUUUCCAUGCUUUAAUAAUAUGGAGAAGACCAGCAAUAUGGUGAUAGUGAACAAUGAAAAAGUUCUAUCAUUUACAGAAAAAACUGAAUUACUGAGUCAUAUUGACUUCAAACAAUAGGUUUUAUUUGUACUGUAUGUAUUUUCUUACAAAUUUUGUAAAUGACAUGUUUAUGGAUUCUAAUAAAUCAUAUUUAUG